UUGUGGACGUUAAAAUCAAGGCCAGGGCCAAUUGACCAAACGCAUAUGUCUUUUCAACGUCCAUGGACUUCUGUACUCACUGGGUGUAAUAUCUUUGGUUUCACCAUGCUCAACAUGAUGGUGGACGGCUGCGAUUUACGAUGUGUUUCCAUGACCAAGUUUGAUUUCAUUCACUUCUGGGCGUCAUCGAUUCAUAUUCUAUAGCUUGUGUUUAAACUUCACUUUGAUCAAAAAGACGGGGAAAUGUCAGAUGACAACAGCACACACGUUCUCAACAUGACCGCAUGUGAAGGAAUUAACCUUCGUUUUACGCACAGAUUUUUACCUGCUGUGUUCAUGCUGGUGUUUGUCGUCGGGACAUUUGCAAACUUCUGUGGGUUAAAAACUGUUUGUACAAGCUGGAAGAAAAUUGGGAGUAUAAACAUAUUCAUUCUCAACCUUGGAAUAGCUGACUUGCUGUACUUAUUUACCUUACCAUUUUUGGUUGUCUAUUACGCGCUAAACAGUAAAUGGAUAUUUGGACAAACAUUCUGCAAGAUCACCAGAUUCUGCUUCAAUUUGAAUCUCUAUGGCAGCAUUGGGUUCCUGACAUGCAUUAGUAUCUAUCGAUACCUCGGUAUUGUGCACCCAAUGAAAGUGAUGGGGAAAAUCCACACUCGCCACUCAGUGGCAAUGAGUUUUCUUGUCUGGAUUUUGGUUUUCAUUCAGAUACUUCCCGAUAUGUUAUUUGACAAGACAGCGCAAAAUUCUUCAUAUUCGUGCUAUGACUCAACAGCCGACGACUUUAUCAAGGAUUACCUUCCGUACAGUAUUGGCUGGACCAUUACCGGAUUCGUUAUACCAUUACUGAUCAUUCUGGCUUGCUAUGGACAUAUAGUAGUGGUCCUUGCCACCAAAGCCAAUGUAAAUACUUUGUUGAAACAACGAUGUCUAAAACUAGUCAUCAUCUUGACUGUGUUGUUCUCAAUUUGCUUUAUCCCUUAUCAUGUUUUGAGAAAUCUAAAUUUGAAAAUAAGGAUUUUGAAAAUGGAAGGCACCUGCAAAGCAAGCUUCGAUGAUAUUUAUGUUGCUCAUCAAAUCAGCCGCGGUCUGGUUUGCAUGAAUAGCGCAAUCAAUCCGUUAAUUUAUUUAGUUGGAAAUGAUGAUUUCAUCAUGCGUUUUCAUAAUCUCAGCAAACAAGCCAGGAUGUCUCUUGUUCAAUGGACUGGUGCUGUGAUUUACCGCAAUACACCCGAGGCAGAUCCAGCAACAGAAGAAUCUUAACCAGUAAACUUUGACCAGCUAGUUAUUUAAAACCUAAACUUGACUGUCAGCUAUUCUAGUAUUUGAUGUUGUCUACGCCAUUAUUGUACCAAAGGCCUGUAAGUAUGUACAUAUGCUAUUCUUUACACUUUAUGUAUCAUUCUCAGAGUAUUUUAUUGUGUAAACGUGAGAUCCUUUUUGUGGUUGAAUGCCCUUGUGUAAAGUGAAAUCAUGUGCCAUGCAUUUAGUCAGUGAUAUGCAGAGCUAACUACUGGUUUCCAUAACUAUCUUAGAUAAAAAUGUGUAAAUACCCUUGUGUAAAGUGAAAUACUGUUCCAUUCGAUUAGUCAGUGAUAUGCAGGGAUAUGUCACUGAAAUAAACAUAAACUCAAUAUGCAUUUCAGAUAUUGCAUAAUAAUUCCAUGCAUUCCAGCAGUUUAUUACACAUAGCCUACCAGAUGGAUUAUUCAUCUCUGUUGUCCAUAAAUAAUAAAAAGGUAUCAAGCUCAAAGGACUGUCCAUCCUACCUUGUGCUUGAGAUAAUAUCUACUCCUCCACAAGUAUUGUCUUCCCAGGGGAAACAGAAGAUUUGAACUCAUUCCCUUAAGGGGAACAAUCCCUCAACACAAACAUGCACUGGAAAUGUAUGUCCUAUAUGUUUAUUCAUGUCAUAUGACUGGUCAGGUGCUUUUCAGGUGCGGGUUACAGAAUGGGGCCUUGAGGCUCACUUCAUUGAGAGGAAUGAGCAAACAUAGUGUUAAAAAAUAAAAUAAUAAUUAAAACCUAAUGGCAAAUAGAGCAGUGAAAAUAAGAGAACAACUACUAGUUUCCAGAGCUAUCUUAUAUAAAAAUGUGUCUACUCUCUCUUAGCAGACACAGACAUUUUUUCUCUCAUCCUUACAUAAAAGAGGGAGACUGUUUGACUGGCUAGGAUGAUAGCAGUUUAUACCCUGGAUAAAUAACUUUCAUGUAAGAACAGUUAAUAAAAACAAAACAAACCACAAGUAUGCUAG